CAUAAAAAUAUCCUUUCCAUCCCUCCUCUCUCACAGACAUUCUCUCAAGCAGGUGAAGGGCGGGAAGGGUAUGGAAACCCUUACCCUAAAUCCCAUUUCAAUUCCUCCCAUCAUCCCUUCUCAUCUCCUCUCCAGCGCCACCACCAUCCCCCAAUUGAAGCAAAUCCAUGCCCGCAUCCUACGCUCCGGCCUCGACCUCACCCCCUCCUUGCUCUCUCGACUCCUCUCCCUCCCCCUCAACCCCGCUGCUGCCCCAUCUCUCGACUAUGCCCUCUCCGUCCUCCUUCGCACGCCCCAUCCUCCCUCCCGCCUCCGCUGCCGCGCCUUCCGUCUCCUCGGCCCCCGCCGUGCCAUCGCAGCUUAUGCGCGCUUGCGCCAGGACGGCGUCGACUUCGACCGCUUCGAUUUUCCCCCUCUACUGCGAGCUGCGGCUCGGGCCGGGGAAGGGGAGGGCGGGGAAGCAGUCGUGAGGGAGACCCAUGGGUUUGUUUUGAAGACGGGGUUCGUCGCUGACCCUUUCGUGCUCACUGCGCUUGUGCGCGGCUACGCUGCGCGCGGGUGCGUCUCGGAUGCACGCGCGGUGUUCGACCGAAUGCCUGAACGAGAUGUCGUCGCUUGGGGCGUCAUGCUUGAUGGUUGGUGUCAGAGUGGUUGUUAUAGUGAUGCCCUGCAACUGUUUGAAGAAAUGAAGAGCUCUGAUGUAGCCCCGGAUCAGGUCAUUCUGGCCACAGUUCUAUCGGCUUGUGGGCGCACCGGGAAUCUAUCAUCAGGCAAGGCUAUUCAUUCUUACAUAUUGGAGUCUGGCAUUGCCAUGGAUGCGCAUCUCCAAAGCUCUCUCAUCAAUAUGUAUUCCAAUUGUGGGUCGAUGGAUAUCGCACGAAAGUUGUUUGAUGAAAUACCCGUGAAGGACUUGGUGGCUUCAACGGCCAUGGUCUUUGGGUAUGCCAAGAUUGGCGAGAUUGAAACUGCACGAGCCAUAUUUGAUGAAAUGCCUGAGAAGGACUUGGUUUGCUGGAGUGCCAUGAUCUCGGGCUAUUCUGAGAGUGAUAAACCUGGUGAGGCUCUCAAGCUAUUCAAUGAGAUGCAGGCCUCGGGUGUGAGGCCUGAUAAAAUCACCAUGCUGAGUGUCAUCUCUGCGUGUGCACAUUUGGGUGCUAUUGAUCAAGCUAAAUGGAUACAUGUAUUCAUUGACAAGAAUAUGUUUCAUGAUGUUCUAAUGGUAAGAAAUGCACUUAUUGACAUGUACUCCAAAUGUGGGAACUUGGCUAGUGCUUGGAGAGUCUUUGAGGGGACACCUCAGAAGAAUGUGAUUACUUGGACUAGCAUGAUCACAGGGUUGGCGAUGCAUGGAGAUGGGACGUCGGCUCUUGCACUCUUUGAGCGGAUGAAAGCCGAAGGUGUGGAACCGAAUGGAGUAACACUUGUUGGAUUGCUCUAUGCUUGUAGUCAUACUGGCUUGGUUGCUGAGGGCCGUCAGGUAUUUGAGUCCAUGGUACAUGAGUAUAAGGUGGAACCCAAGCUUGAACACUAUGGCUGCAUGGUUGAUCUUCUUUGUCGUGCAAAACUACUUCGUGAAGCAUUUGAGCUUAUAGAAUCAAUGCCUUUCCACCCAAAUGUAAUUAUAUGGGGGUCACUUUUGGGAGGGUGUAGGGUUCAUAUGGAUGUCGAACUUGGUGAAAUUGCAGCAAAGAGAAUUUUGGAGCUGGACCCUGAUCAUGAUGGAGCUUAUGUGCUGCUAUCUAACAUUUAUGCUAAGGCUAAUAAGUGGGAUGAAGUCGGGAGAGUGAGGAGGUUGAUGAAAAGCAGAGGUGUUUCCAAGGAAAAAGGAUGUAGUUGGAUUGAAAUAAAUGGUAAUGUACACGAGUUUUUGAUGGGUGAUGAGUCUCAUCCAAAAUCUAAGGAGAUUUAUGGGAAACUGGAGGAGAUUAUCCAGGAAUUGGUGCUAGUCGGUUACUCUCCAGACACAGGUAGUGUGUUGGUUGAUUUGGAGGAGGAAGAGAAGAAGGAAGCUGUUCUCUUGCACAGUGAAAAGUUAGCCCUUUCUUUUGGGCUCAUCAACUCAACAAGGGGUUCAUGCAUUCGCAUAGCAAAGAAUCUUAGGGUUUGUGAAGAUUGUCAUUCCUUCAUGGAAUUCGUUUCCAAGGUUUUUGACAUAGAGAUUGUUUUGAGAGAUAGAACCCGUUUUCACCAUUACAAGAAUGGGGUUUGCUCAUGCAAAGGCUUUUGGUAAAUAAUUUUUCGGGACACCAUGCAUAUAAUGAUUAUCAUUUCAUUGAUUGUUCUGUCAAAUGAACGUCAAAUUGGCUUUGCGGCGAAGCUCUUUGGAAUCUGAUUCAAGUUGCCGGUACCAUGCUCCUUACAAUUAUCUCUUGCUACACUUGACACUGCUUAAUUCAACCUGAAGGCUUUCUCUGACAUCCAUCCAGGUUUUGAAAGCAUGUUUGACAUGUUCCUUUGUCUUUAAAGGGGCUUUGAAUAUUGCCUAUAAUUGCAUCUGGUAUUGCUUGCUUGAUUCCAGUAAAGUUGUUCCUUUGUCUUUAAAAGUAAAAAAUGUCUGUCUUGGAUCAAUAAAAUAAGAGUGGAGAAUCAUUUUUUAGU